AGUGCCUGUGCCCAUCGGCGUGGCGUGCCCGAGACAGUGUAUUAGAGGCAGUGCCAUCCCUCGGUGUGUUUUAGUGCCACUUGGAGCCGUAUUGGUCACCCGGACUUGCGGCGCAGAGCAGGAGGGGCGGGACCUCGGUGCAGGAUGUGAGAGGAAACGUGUCCGGAACGUACAUGAGUGCCUGGGCGUAUGUGCACCGCCUUGGGCUAUAGGAAUACGUGGCAGACACUCGGGAAACGAUGCAGUGUAUGGAGUAGGGACUCCGAGCGUUUGGCGGAGUGGCAGGGCAGAGCGACUGGCGUUGGCCAUGCCCGGCGCCUGCCCCAAGGACCGCAGGAUAGAGUGACGGAUGGCCAUUGGAUAAUCAGGCCGCGUUUCGCAAGCGCCGCUGCCACCAGGCCGCUGUCUCCUGCUCAGCGCGAUGAUCUGCAGUUCGUUCGGGAUAAGGAGGUCCGGCUGAUGCAUGCCCCCGGGUGCCCGCACGUGCACGGAAGGCGAGGCAGCGGGCUCGGCUAGACCGUGGCAGCCCCGCCCGGAAGGAGGAGUGAGUCACCCUGCGCCCAUAGCAAGGGGCGGCCCUGCGCUUGGACUGUGGGUACGAACUGGCGGCCGCGUGCCCGUUGGGUGCGGAGUGCCAGUGCCACGAGGGCGAGCAUGGCGGGCGUGAGCGGAGGGGCUGCGGCCUGGUGCAAUUCGAGGAACCAUCGGGCGCAGCCGCAGCCGCAGGCGGCGGGCAAGGCCGUGGUGAGCCUGGCGAGGCUGCGACUCUCCCAACUGUGGACAUUGUUCCCCAACGUGCCGGAGCCCGGGAUGCCGUGCCAGGGCGAGGACCGGAGCAUAUACAGGAGAGGAGCGAGAAGAUGGAGGAAGCUGUACAAAGUCAACGGCCAUAUCUUCCAGGCCAAACGAUUCAACAGAAGAGCGUUCUGCGAAUUCUGCAAAGAUCGCAUUUGGGGCUUGGGUCGGCAGGGCUUCAAGUGCACCCAGUGUAAACUGCUGGUACACAAGAAAUGUCACAAGCUCCAAAAAGUCCAGUGCAAUGCCGACCUGGACACGUCAACAGACACCCUGGCGUCCCACGACUCGUCCACCCUGCCCAGGGGGGGAACCAACGGGAGGAUGGCGGUAGACUACACUGCAGACGUCUCAGACCCUGGGAUAACAGAGGAAACCCCUGUGGAGAUGCCAACCAUUACAGGUCCAAGCAGCGAGCCCAUGACUCCCACGGGCUCAGCGGGCCAGUACUGCUUGGAUGACUUUGAGUUGAUUCGUGUCAUUGGCCGUGGGUCGUACGCAAAGGUGCUGAUGGUGGAGCUGAAGAGAACUAAACGCAUCUAUGCCAUGAAGGUCAUUAAGAAGACGCUAGUCACAGAUGAUGAGGACAUAGAUUGGGUUCAGACAGAGAAACAUGUGUUUGAGACAGCUUCCAAUCACCCCUUCUUGGUUGGACUACAUUCGUGCUUCCAAACUCCGUCCCGCCUCUUCUUUGUGAUCGAGUUUGUUCGUGGAGGUGACUUAAUGUUCCACAUGCAGAGGCAGCGACGUUUGCCCGAAGAACAUGCCAGGUUCUAUGCCGCGGAAAUUUGCUUAGCGCUGAAUUUCCUUCAUGAAAAAGGUAUUAUAUACCGUGAUCUUAAGCUGGAUAAUGUAUUACUGGACCAUGAGGGACAUAUUAAGCUGACAGAUUAUGGCAUGUGUAAAGAAGGAAUUCGACCAGGAGACACAACAUCUACUUUCUGUGGAACACCAAACUACAUUGCACCCGAGAUUUUACAAGGAGUUGAAUAUAGCUUCAGUGUUGACUGGUGGGCAUUAGGAGUCCUCUUGUAUGAGAUGCUGGCCGGCAAGAGUCCCUUUGACAUUGUGGGAGCUUCUGAUAAUCCAGAUUGCAACACUGAAGACUUCUUGUUCCAAGUGAUCUUGGAGAGACCCAUCCGUAUUCCUCGGUCGCUCUCCGUGAAGGCUGCUUCGAUCCUCAGAGGCUUCCUCAACAAGAACCCAGUCGACCGUUUAGGAUGUCACCCUGAGACCGGCUUCACUGACAUCGUCACUCAUCCAUUCUUCAAGACCAUAGAUUGGGAAAUGUUGGAGCAGCGGCAGGUACCCCCGCCCUAUCGCCCCAGGCUAGACUCAGACCGUGACUUGGCUAACUUCCCGCCAGAGUUCACAGAUGAGCCUAUCCAGCUAACGCCAGAUGAUGCGCGUGCCAUCGAGAACAUCGACCAGAGCGAGUUCGAGGGCUUCGAGUACGUGAACCCGCUGCUGAUGAGCAUGGAGGACUGCGUGUAAGAGGCCCGGGGCAAUCCAGGGCCCCCGCCCCCGCGCCCUCUUCCAGAGCGGCGGAGGCGACGCAGGCUUUCGCGGGCGCGGGGAGGGGCGAGGGCCUCGUCGCUCAGCGCCUUGAGGCCGCGGCAGGCUUCCUUCCUCUCUUCUUGUCUUGGCGAAGCCCUCCUCCGGCGGGCGGUCGGCUGCCCCUCGCUCGCUGGGCCGGCGGAACCUGGCGCGGCUGGCGGCCCGAGCUGCCUGCCCCUGCGCUCGACUGGCUGGCAGCGGUCCUCGCCGACGGAGACGCACCUUGAAGCGAUCAGCUACCUCACGUCCAUCAGAACCAGGAUGAUCAGCUCCGUUGAUGUAAUAUUUCUGUGAAUAAAACUAACUCGGCCGCUCCAGCUGCGACGGAGGCCCUUCAGCCUCUGUGUGCGGCGACUGCGCAGCUACUUGCAGUGCAGCUUCGUUGUGGAGGCUGCUGAGUGCAGGCGUGGCCGGCGGCAGCAAAUCCUUUCACGGUGCAGCUAGUGCUCGCCGCCCAUGCUGUUUAUAUAUGACUGAAUAGGUUUUUGAAACUGACGUAACAUGUGCCAAGUCAUGCAAGUCUUGACUUGUAUUGGGGAGCAGCUGUGCCUCUGCGAAUCGUAGAGUGAGCGCCAGGCCUCUCGGGCUCCGAGCGCGGGCGUGGGUGGGGCGCUCGGGUUGGAGCUGCCGUGAGAACCAACGCCGCCCGCCGCCUGUUUGCGACGCCAGCGCUCGGUCGGGCGUCGGCUCUCGCGUUCAGUACAAGGUGCGGAUGCCCAAGGGGCGGGGAAGAGACAAAGGAAAGGGGAAAGGGUAUGGGCGGCCCGCAGGGGCGUGUGAGCAUGCAGGCAAGGACCGAAGGCGCUGGUCCGCUCGGUCUCAGCAGCACGGGGUCACGGGGUCUACCUCCGCCCCGGGGCAGCAACGGAGUGCUUUCAGGUAGUGUGCACGCCGCCCGCUCGUCCGUCGCCGCCACGGGGAUUGUAACAGCAAGAAAGCACGAGGCCCCUCGAGGGCGCUUGUCAAAUUGAAUGGCUGAGGCGCCCCUCCCCUCCCCCAGCAUUCCCCUUUACCCCCCUCCCCCCUGGCCUGAACCAUACCAUGCUCUAAGGUUUCACCAUCUGCUCUCACUACCUUCUCCUCUGGCCUUUCUCCUCCUCCCACUUAUGCUCUUGCUUCCCCCCCCCCCCCCCCUCUGUAGCACUCCCCUCCCCGUCGCGAAGACAGCUCCCACGGGGACUGCGGGAAAUGUGUGCGUAAGACGCUUGUCUCCCGUGAUAAGCGAAGCCCCGUGCGUGAGGCGACCCGGCGCCUCCCUGCGGGUCUCGGAUCUGCAUACCGCAUGCUCUUGCCCCGUAGGUUCCAUGUCCCGGCGUCCAAUCUCGUUCUAAUGCAGCCAAGGCAGUCCACGGGACGCGCGGCGGCGUGAGGAAGGGCACGGUUUCAUGGCCGGUGUUAGCGUGUCGACUGCGGGAAGCAGAUCUGAUUAUCCCAUCUGAGGAGACUGCGGUCGAGUUACUUCUCCGCCUCGAUAAUCACAACUCGCAUACACUCCUUGGCUUCCUUCCCUCCCUCCCCCUCUCUCCUUCCAUCCCUUCCCUUCGUUACCCUCCCCUUUCCCCUACCCCCUUCCCCCUAACCCCCCUUCCCUCCCUCUUUCUUCCUUUUGUGCGUAUAUGUGCGCGCGUGCGUAUCAGUGCAUGUACUGUAUAUGCAUGCGCGCGCGCACACCGGAGACUCGAUCUUCGCCGCAGCCUUCCUCGAGCAGCCUUUCCUCCGUGGGCGUUCCUCUGUUUCGGGCGGCGUGCGAGCUCUCGGGAGUGCAAUUCGUUGGCGUAAGUUAGCGCACAUGCUUGUCGGAGGCCGCGCGGACCGCCCGCGGGACUGCGAGGUAACCCGAGCCCGCCGUCCAGACCGAAGACGAUCAUGACGCCCUCGGACGCUACCGGGACGGCAGAUCCGCCCGGGAAGAGUACGCUUUUUUCUCUUGCAUUUUAUUUGGUUUGCAGCUUUUAGAACUCAUGAAGAUAUAAAACAAAAUGUGGGGGUCGGAAUCGAAAGGCGAAGGAAGCGAGGCGUAGGAUUCACGCGCAUGCACGCAGGACCGGCCUCGGGGACGCCUGCAUUCUCUCCCUCUCUCCUCUCCUGCCUCCCGCCUGUCACCUGCUUCAUCCGCACUCCCUCGCUCCCCCCCCCCCCCCCCCCCCCGCCCUGCCACCUCACUCCCGCGCCGUUUUUUCUUUCUUUUUUCCUUUUCUUUUCUUUUCUUAUCUCCCUUUUUGUAAACGCGCUCACCCCGUCUUCUUUCCGGCCGUCCGCUUUUUUCCUUCCCACGUGGCCGGGAUCCAGGCGCCGGUCGGCCACGCAGCCCUGCCUCUCCUGCAACGCGCGUGAAUGCACGGCGCUGCACGAGGCGCCCUGCCGUGCAUUCAUGCCCCGGAGAGCGAGGAAGCGAAGCUCGCGCUGUAUUGGCAGUUAAAGAUAAAAACAUGCAUGAAAACUCGUAAAUUGUGUGCGUGAGUGUCUGUCU